UACGGAAGUCAACAGAUCAAUAGUGUCUACCUGUGCUCACGUAGUAAAAGGGCGUGUCUGGAUCUAAUCAGUGGCCACGGGCUGGCGAACCACCAUUUGGGUCGGAGCAGUCCGGGCAGUCCACCGCCGCAACCGUCGUCCGCGCUUAUGAACGAAUUGCUGGCGAGCAUAGGGGCCGCCAAUGGGGGCCGUCUGUCCCCCUCAUCGAUGGCGUUGAUGUCAUCCCAAUUACAAAUGCAUCAACUGUUUCAGUCACAUGUGCUCAGCCCUAAUCAGUUACAAUCGAUCAUCCAGCAACAGCUCCUACAACACAAUAAGCUCCGGCAGUUACAGUUAGAGCAGCAACAGCUCAUGCAACAGUUGCACAUCUCAUCCCAACGCCAGUAUAUAUUAGACCGUAAAUAC